AGCGGCCCGGCUCGCUCCGUUGCCCGGUGACGCGGGCGCGGGUGGCACCGCGAUGCUGGACCCGGACAGCGGGCUGUCCCUCACCAUAGCGCGCAUCGUGCAGCGCCUCAAGGGCUCCAGCCUCCACUCCCAGCUGGAGCGACAGGCCCGGGUUAGCCUACACAAACCAGAAAUUAAACUGGAAUCGCUGAAAGAAGAUAUUAAGGAUUUUCUGAAGACAUCAGGCUGGGAAAAGAAGCUUCAGAAUGCUGUUUAUAGUGAACUCAAUGUGUUUCCUUCGCCCUGUCAUCCUGCAGCACCACCUGAGCAUAUGAAAGAACCGUUAGCUUAUAUGAGGAAAGCACAGGGAAGCUGGGAGAAGCGAAUUCUAAAAAGUCUAAACAGCAUGUGCACAGAGCUCAGUAUUCCGCUAGCCCAGAAGAGGCCUGUAAGUGAACAGAAAGAACUGCUUAAUAAAUGGAAUGAAAUGGGAACUGAUGAGCCAGAUCUAAGUCUCUUCCGUCCUGUUUAUGCACCUAAAGAUUUUCUUGAGGUGCUGAUGAAUCUUCGAAACCCGAAUUAUGAAAACGGAGAACAACCUAGUUUCAGAAAUCAUCUGGGGCUGAUUCAGGUUCCUCUAAAAGUUAAAGAUAUUCCCGAAUUGAAAGAAAACUUCAGUGAACUGGGCUUAAAUAUAGGACAGCUUGGUAUUGAUGAUUCAGCACAAGUGCCUCCUGAGUUCUUUGAAAAUGAACAUGUACGUGUUGGACAAAAGGUUUUAGCAGAGCAAGAUAGUGCUGCAGCUCAACAGUAUGUUCGCCAGGGAUGUCCAACAGCACUCCGAGCUGAUCUGUGGGCCCUCAUCCUCAAUAUUUCUAAUCAGCCAGAGGAUAUCUUGUAUUAUGAACAGCUUAAGUCAAAUGUGAUUCAGCAUGACCUUUUAGUGGACAGCCUGAUUUACAAAGAUGUAAAGCUGACAGCGAGCAACGAUGACUACUAUUUUGUAUUUGAGGAUUAUUUAUAUCAGGUAUUACUCUGUUUUUCCAGAGAUACUUCUGUGUUGGAGCACUUUGCUUACAGUAGUGCCACCCCUCCCAAGUCAUAUAUACGAGGAAAAGCCGGUAUGGAAGAAUAUGCUGUUUUCUAUCCUCCAAAUGGUGUAAUUCCUUUUCAUGGCUUUUCUAUGUAUGUUGCUCCACUUUGUUUUCUGUACCAUGAACCUUCCAAAUUGUAUCAGAUAUUCCGUGAGAUGUAUGUGCGUUUUUUCUUCAGGCUCCAUUCCAUCUCUUCUCAUCCCUCUGGCAUUGUAUCAUUAUGUUUGCUGUUUGAGACUCUUUUACAAACCCAUCUGCCGCAGCUCUUUUAUCACCUUCGAGAAAUUGGGGCUCAGCCGUUACGAAUUUCAUUUAAAUGGAUGGUACGAGCGUUUUCUGGUUAUUUAGCUACAGAUCAGCUCUUGCUUCUGUGGGACAGGAUCCUGGGAUACAACUCUCUAGAAAUUCUUGCUGUCCUGGCAGCUGCUGUGUUUGCUUUCCGAGCGGUCAAUCUGAUGGAGGUGACAUCACUGGCUGCAGCUGAAGUGCUUUUGUGUUACUCUUGGAUGUCCUUCAGCUGUCAAAACAUGUAACAACCCAUCGCUUUGUUGUAAUCUAACUAACGUGCCAAAUUAUGUCCUGUCAGACAGCAAGAUUCCUGCUCCUCCAUCACCAGUAAGAUUGUGUCCUGGCAAGCCGUUUGGCUACUACUACAGAUUUGAUAAAUCAAAGUACUGCUGGAAAUAUUUUAUUCACUCAUUCUGCCAUUGUUUCCUUCGGAUUUGGUCUCUCUGGAUGCGCCUCCAGAUCUUGUGUAAACGGAUCAAGCUUUUGUUUAUUUUUGAAAUAAACGAAAUUCAACCACGUUCUGCCUAGUCAACAUCUGUUACCUGGAAUGGCAUCUUUGUUCCCAUGAAGGACUCAACUCAAUUGAAAAAAAGUAUAAAAAAAGCUUUCAUGUGGAUAACAGAUUCAACUGCAAUGAAAAUUUGCUGAACAUUCUGAACUACAGCCCUGGUUACCAGUUAAUGACUGCUCCUCCUCACUGAAUAAAAAAGAUUUUCUCAUUUUACCAGCCUUUUAGCCUAUUACUGAGCAAUUUGUUAAUUUGAGAGAUAGCUAGACUCUUGGUCAUCCAUAAAAAGAUCAUAAGGGCUAAUACUCUCAGCAGAUAAGGAAAAUGAUUAAUUCACUUCCAUUCUUCCAGUUCCACUUUCAUUAUUGGACCAAGAUAACAUCUGUGGCCCACAGUUUCUCAGCCCAUUAAGGUCUGGGAAUAGACCACUUAAAAUACUUAGUGUAAUUUCUUCUUGAGAGGGACUUUGCCUCCUCAAAAUGUAACCUUCAGUAAUUCAGAAACGACUGAGAAGGGGUUCCUGAACUGAUCCUCCCAUCCUGGCAAAUAUAAAGUCUACAAAAUUCCACCUUCUUUUUAGAUUUUUUUUUUUCAGUACAUGACAUCAGAGAACUAGAAGGUUGAAAUUAGUACAUAUUUUUUUAUAAGUUGGGUGCAGAUAUGUGUAUCUUCCCUAAAUCAAGAGAACACACUUGCAAUUCACUCUCAUGCUUGUUCAAAAUGAUUGUUUCUUCUCACAGCAUUUAUACAAUCAA